ACAUGGUCGUUGUUCGCUUGUUCCGACACUCACGCGUUUACACGGUGCGUUAUACAUGUAGAACGUAAACAGUGCGCCCACAUCGCGUGUGCAGUAAAGCGUCUAAAACCGCCAUUUCACAGCAUGUACGACAUACACAGCUCCGACGACGAUGCUUACCUAGCCCGACGCCGACCACGUGACACGCGGUGCCUUAUAAUCGCGACCAUAGCCGCCGUCAUCGUCGCUUUCGUCAUAGGCAUUCUUAUCGGUCGCUUUGCCGCGUGUCCAGAACCCGAAGUGGGCAAUGACGUAACUGGGGGAUUUCCGGAAAGCGCCAACUAUAGUUGGAUGAAAGAUGGCGAUCCGACAAUAUCUCGUCUGUUGAUUGACGGCAUGAAGGCAGAAAAUAUUAGAAGUAAUCUCAAGAUGUUAACAGAGAAGCCUCAUCUGAGCGGGACCGAACAGAACCACGAACUUGGCCGGAAGUUGACGGAAUUCUGGACGGAAGUGGGACUCGACCACGUGACAUUAACGCCUUAUAAAGUGCAGCUCUCCUACCCUAACGAGACCAGUCUAAGCUAUGUGGAGUUGCUGGACGGAAACGGGAACUCCGUGUACAAGUCCAACCUGACCGAGCCCGUAUUGACCCCCGAAGAAAACAAACCGGAUGUGGUACCGCCGUUCAACGCCUAUUCUCCGCCAGGCAACAUCACGGGCGAGAUAGUGUACUUAAACUAUGGACGGGUCGAGGACCAUCUAUACCUGGAACGAAAUACGUCCCUAACCGUGAAAGGCAAGAUUGUACUGGUCCGGUACGGCAAGAUAUUCCGCGGUGACAAGGUGCGUCAAGCAGAAAAACGCGGGGCUAUAGGGGUCAUACUGUUUUCUGAUCCUGACGAUAUCACUUCCGGUAUUGUGGACAAGGUGUAUCCGGACGACUGGUGGCUGCCCCCUUCCGGCGCUCAGAGGGGAUCUAUCUAUCUAGGGGUCGGGGAUCCGCUUACACCUGGGUACCCCGCAAUAGAGAGCGCUUACCGGAAGAAGGACCCGGAUGAGUACAUGCCCGGUAUCCCUUGUCAUCCGGUGGGUUAUGGGAUAGCGGUGAAAAUCAUGGAGGCGCUGGCAGGCAUAGAAGUCCCGAUAGACUGGCGCGGUAAAAUGAAUGUAACCUACAAGUUCGGCGGCAGCUUUAAUACAAACGGCUGGAAGGCCCAUAUAUUUGUGUCCACUGCCCCCAAGAUGGUGACCACAUACAAUGCAUUCGGGAUCAUUCGAGGAGCCGUCGAACCAGACAGGUACGUGCUGGUCGGUAACCACAGGGACGCGUGGGUGUUCGGCGCCCUUGACCCCAGCAGCGGCACCGCGGCCAUGAUGGAAAUGUCAAGGGUCAUGGGUAACCUGUUGAAGUCAGGGAAAUGGCGACCACGGAGAAGUAUAGUGUUCUGUAGCUGGGGAGCGGAGGAAUACGGUCUGGUCGGCUCUAUAGAAUGGGUCGAGCACUACACCAAGGUGCUGGGUGCUCGCGCUGUGGCCUAUCUCAACGUCGACAUCGCCGUGGAAGGUAACUUCUCACUGCGCGCGCUCGGUACGCCCCUGCUCUACCAGUCGGUGUAUUCGGCGGCAAGGAAAGUUUCCAACCCCAACCAGGCGGAAGUGGCGGCUGGCAGGACCUCGGUGUACGACACGUGGUUUAAUACAUUCCCGUGGCAGGCAUAUGACAGACCCGAAAUCAAUCUCCCUGGGUCCGGAAGCGACUACGCGCCAUUUCGAGACCGCAUCGGGGUCGCAAAUAUUGAUAUCCGGUACACCUGGAACAAGAAAAAAAUGAAGCUGUCGGCAUACCCUAUGUACCACUCGGUCUAUGAAACCUUCUACUUGGUGGAUAAAAUCAUGGAUAUAGGAUUUAAGUACCACACUGCCCUAGGUCAGUUAUGGGUGGAGAUGACCCGCCAGUUGGCUGAUGACGUCAUUCUGCCCUUAAACGUCUCGGACAUGGUGAGCCUGAUUAAAGACCAGACGGAUAACCUGCUCACCAGGUUCGGUCAACUCAUGGAAAACAACGGCACUGACACAGCUGUCCUGCGAUCUGCUGUGCAGAACCUAACCAAUACUGUAUACGAGUUUGUAAAGGCUGUGUCCUCCGUCGACAAGAAAGAUCCAUACGCCGUACGUAGAGUGAACGACCAACUAAUGAACGUGGAAAGGGCCUUCAUUGACCCAAACGGCCUUCCAGGCAGGAAGUACAAACACCACCUGUUGUUCACCGAGAGUAACGUGAAUAGCUACGCCGGAAGCAGCUACCCGGGCCUAUCGGACGCACUGACGAACAUCGAACAGGGAGAGAACGUGACGGAGCAGUGGGAGGUCGUCCAUCGGCACUUCGCCGUCGUCGUCUUCACGUUGCAGUCGGCGCAGUCGGUUCUCAAGAACGUGACUGAUUUUAUGUUUACUUAUUGAGUCUCUCGAGCACAGAAUGAUUUUGGCCGGUGCAGUGGAUGGCUGUCCGUCGGCUUUUCGCCGUAUUCGUCUGAAUUUUGCAAUCGACAAAGACAGUUCCCAAUCAUGAACGGAUUUCAUGUUUUAUUAUUGCAUCAAUAUUUCUUUUAAUUGUGACCGCCAUUGCGUUGCAUUUAUGUUGCAUCAAUUUAAAUGAUUAUUUUUUUUUGUAUUACAUUAUAUUGUGUACAUAGCAAUUUCAUCUUCUAACAAAACUAAGUCUUUUUACUCGGUGACGUUCUUCAAUCAUAGUUUGUUCAUAUUUAUAUUAUUCAUAUAUUAGCACAUAUACACUUUUUGCUCACCUGAUCGCUCAGGUGAGCUUUUGGGAUCGGUCUUUGUCCGUCUUCCAUCCGUCCGUCCGUCGUCCACAUUUGGUUUGUAAACACUCUAGAGGCCACAUUUUUUGUCCAAUCUUCAUGAAACUUGGUCAGAAGAUUUGUCCCAAUGAUACCUCGAUCGAGUUCGAAACUGGGUCAUGCAGGGUCAAAAACUAGGUCACUAGGUCAAAAAAAGAAAAACCUUGUAAACACUGUAGAAGUCACAUUUCAUGCCCAAUUUUCAUGUAAUUUUGUCAAAAUGUUUUUCUUUAUGAUAUGUUAGUUGAGUUCAAAAGUGGUUCCGGUCCGUUGAAAAACAUGACCGCCCACUGGCGGGGGCAGUUUUCCUUAUUUGGCUUUAGAGAAACAUAGUAAACACUCUAGAGGCCACAUUUCUUGUCCGAUCUUCCUGAAACUUGGUCAGAAGAUUUGUCCCAAUGAUACCUCGAUCGAGUUCGAAACUGGGUCAUGCUGGGUCAAAAACUAGGUCACUAGGUCAAAAAAGAAGAAAAACCUUGUAAACACUGUAGAAGUCACCAUUCAUGCCCAAUCUUCAUGUAACUUUGUCAAAAUGUUUGUCGUAAUGAUAUGUUGGUUGAGUUCAGAAGUGGUUCCAGUCCGUUGAAAAACAUGGCCGCCAGUGGACGGGGCAGUUUUUCUUAUUUGGCUAUAGAGAAACCUUGUACACUCUAGAGGCCACAUUUCUUGUCCGAUCAUCAUGAAAAUUUGUCAGAAGAUUUGACCCAAUAAUACCUCGAUCGAGUUCGAAACUGGGUUAUGCAGGGUCAAAAACUAGGUCACUAGGUCAAAAAAAAAGAAAAACCUUGUAAGCACUGUUGAAGUCACAUUUCAUGCCCAAUCUUCAUGUAAAUUUGUCAAAAUGUUUGUCUAAAUGAUAUGUUGGGUGAGUUCAAAAGUGGUUCCGGUCCGUUGAAAAACAUGGUCGCCAGUGGGCGGGGCAGUUUUCCUUAUUUGGCAAUAGAAAAACCUUUUAAACACUCUUGAGGCCACAUUUCUUGUCAGAUCUUCAUGAAACUUGGUCAGAUUUGUCCCAAUAAUACCUCGAUCGAGUUCGAAACUGGGUCAUGCUGAGUCAAAAACUAGGUCACUAGGUCAUAAAAAAGAAAUACCUUGUAAACACUCUAGAAGUCACAAUUUUUGCCCAAUUAUCAUGAAACUUGGUCUAAACAUUGGUUUUAUUGAUAUCUCGGACGGCGCGGGCAGGGGCAGUUUUCUCUAUAUGUAUGUAGUGAAAACAUGUGAACACUCUAGAAGUCACAUUUUUGGUCCAAUCUUCAUGAAAUUUGGUCAGAACAUUUGUGUGCUAGAUACGCGAGUUAAGUUCGAAACUGGUUCAGGUCCGUUGAAAAACAUGGCUGCCAAGGGGACGGGGCAGUUUUCCUUAUAUUUAUAUAGUAAAAAAGGCUCGUGAACAGUCAAGAAGUCACAUUUCUUUGCCCAAUCAUGAAACUUGGUCAAAACAUUGGUUUUAUUGAUAUCUCGGACGAGUUCGAAAAUGGUCCAGAUCGGUGAAAAAACAUGGCCGCCAGUGGGCAGGGCAGUUUUCUCUAUAUGUAUAUAGUGAAAUGGUUUCAUGAACUUUGGUCAGAACAUUUGUUUCCUAGAUACGAGUUGAGUUCGAAAAUGUUUCCGGUCCGUUGAAAAACAUGGCUGCCAGGGGGGGAGGGGGGGGGGGUAGCGCAUUUUCUAAAAGGUGAGCGAACUAGGGCCAUCUUGGCCCUCUUGUUUGUGUAAUACACGUAUCUUCUGAUUGAUUAUAAAUUUGUGGUAAUAAAACAAAUAAAUAUGCAUGUAGAAUGGUCCCAUUUUAUUGUUGAUUUUGAAUAAGGACUUUACUUUCCUUAAAUAGCCUCAUUCGAGAAAACUCACUCGGCCGCAACGGAACUAAGAGGUUUUAACAAUGCGUAGCAUACGGAUAUGCAGUCAUUUUCAUAAUUGAUGGACGAACGAUCUCGCUUUUGAUGAAUAUUUAACGUUAAACUAAUCCAAGUUAUUAAUAAAUAGUCCGCUAAAAUCCACGCCAUGUUUGUGAAUGCGUCAUUUGUGUCUAUGUAAAAAGGUUGCUGCAUAUCGGGCGGGCCAAUUGUCCUGAUAGUGUAAAACCGUAUGACCACUUAAGAACUUUUUAUCUCAAUAAAUAUAUCUCAAAACUCAUCGUAGACAGCUACGCCGAAAAAGGAAAACAUAGCGACUAAAUAUUUCAACAAUCAAAAUAGACUUGAAACAUAAAUGAAGGAGCCAACAACUUCAAGUAUGUGCAAUCAAACAAACAUAUUAUUUAUAACAUCGUAUAUGUAUACAUGUAUAUAUCAGAAGUUAACAUGUAAAUUGUUCAAAGUGCGAAUGUUUUUUCACGCAUUUGUUUCAAUGUCAAGCGGUAUUCUUAAACUUAUAUGUUCGGAAAAUAAAUAACAAGGGACAAAAUUGUCACAAAACCAGGUUUUCAUUGUGGAAAAAAAUCUGAUAAAGGGAGACAACUCAAACUGAACUUUUGAAAUGAACAAACAAAAUUAACCCCCUUUGUAAGUAUGUUUUAAAAUAAAUCUAUUUUUAGUCGUGGCGACCUUGACAUUGGAGAUAUUGACGUGAUUCUUUCGUGCGACACACCGUCCCAUGAUUGUGAACAAAUGUGCCAAAUGAUUUUAAAAUCUCAUAAUGAAUGACAUAGUUAUAGCCCAGACAAGCUCAUUUAUGGCUAUUUUUUACCUUUGAACUCAAAGUGUGACCUUGACCUUGGAGAUAUUGACGUAAAUUUUUCGCGCGACACACCGUCUAAUGAUGGUUAACAAAUGUGCCAAAUGAUUUUAAAAUCUCACAAUGAACGACAAAGUUAUGGCCCGGACAAGCUUGUUCCGCCCGCCCGCCAGCCAGCCAGCAAGCCCGCCCGCAUUCGCCAAUCUAAUAACCAGUUUUUUCCUUCGGAAAACCUGGUUAAAAAGGAUCAAAUUAUCUAAUACAGAUAUAAACGAAAUAGCCACAAUAGAAGAAAUAAAAUGUACGAAUACACAUAUGAAAAAAUGCAUUACAUUAUUAACGUGUUUAAUCGUAUUAACACAACUUAUUUAUAUCUCCUAAUUUUGUGUAUUAAAUCUGACCAUGCAUAAUUUAGGUUAACAUCAACUUACAAAACAAAACAAAAAAACUCGACUGGUUCUAAGCACUUUAAUUUAUAAAUGUUCCUUCCUCAGUUCUAUGACAGCGGCGAGCACAGUGAAGCACAAAAGGCCGAUAGGCCCCCAAAGGCUCCCAGAGAGAUCUUGGUGGCGCCAGCCGCCGCCAUAGAUUGCAGGGUCGCGAAUAAACUUCCGGCGGGCACUGCGCCACCAAACCCCGCCAUCCAGCUGGCUGCCCAAGAUCCGGCGGCAAUGCCGCUGGCAGUGAAGCCCAGGAGCGACAAAACGA